AUGGACAACUUGAAAAAAGAUGCUAAGAGCUCUAGCAGUGAUGGAUUUCUACUCAGAAUGGGCCUCAAUGAUAACAAGGCUGGGAUGCAAGGUUUGGAUAAAGAGAAAAUCAAUAAAAUCAUCAUGGAAGCUACCAAGGGCUCUAGAUUUUAUGAAAAUGAACUUAAAAAAGAUCAACAAGUUAACCAACGAGUUGAGAAAAUGAUGCAGCUGAAAGAGAAAAUCACCACACAGCAGCUCCUGAAGGCACAGCUGCAGGUGGACAAACUGGUAUUGGAGCUGGAGCAGAGCCGUAACCUCAGCAGCACAAUUGUGCACAUUGACAUGGAUGCCUUCUAUGCAGCUGUGGAAAUGAGGGACAAUCCAGAGCUGAAGGAAAAGCCUGUAGCAGUGGGAUCAAUGAGUAUGUUGUCCACCUCAAAUUACCACGCCAGGAGGUUUGGUGUGCGAGCAGCCAUGCCUGGAUUCAUUGCUAAAAAGCUGUGUCCACAUCUCACUAUUGUACCACCAAACUUUGAAAAAUAUGGCAAAGUGAGCAAAGAGGUUAGAGCAAUCCUGGCUGAGUAUGAUCCCAAUUUCAUGCCCAUGGGCCUAGAUGAAGCUUACCUGAACAUCACAGAGCACCUGGAGGAAAGGCUGAACUGGCCUGAGGAUAAGAGGAGAUUCUCUUCCAACACAGAAAGCACUGCAGGAUUAG